AUGGUGUGCCCCACAAAUGAACCCGUCACUGUUCCCCAUGAGUGGCACCAGCCAGGAGGCCUCAUUAUUGGUGGAAUUGCUUCUCAGAUCAUUUACCAUUCUCUGGAAAUUGACUUCAAAGAACGUCCUUCUCAGAAACUGUUUCAAAAUCCAGAAAUGAUAACGAAAUUUUACCAGCACAUCCUUUCUUUGGCAUUUGCUGUGGAUGAGAUCAACAAGAACCCCACACUCUUGCCCAAUGUCACACUUGGCUUCCACAUCUAUGACAGCUACUAUGAUGCAAUGGCAACUUAUCGUACCACCUUAGAACUCCUCUUCAAGUCACAUAAAUUUGUUCCCAAUUACAGAUGUGACACAAGGAAAAAUGUCAUAGCUGUCAUUGGUGGUCUUGGCUCUGAUAUUUCUUCCUUAAUGGCAGACAUUUUAGGUUUCUAUAAGAUUCCACAGCUCCAUCCUUUUCUUCAAGGCAAUUCCUUUAACAAUUCAGCUGGAGAAACUGUGUCCUUUAAUGAUAAGCGGGAAACAGAGGGUGGAUUUGACAUCAUGAAUAUUAUAGUAUUUCCAAAUAAGUCCUACCAGAAAGUGAAAGUUGGUAGGAUGGAUCCCAAUGCACCUGAAGGAAGAGAAUUAAUCAUUAAUGAAUAUAUAAUUGUGUGGUACGAAGAUUUAAACAAGACUCUCCCCCUUUCCGUGUGCAAUGACCACUGCCAGCCUGGUAGUCAGAAGAAAAGGAAGGAAGCAGAAAAGUUUUGCUGCUACGAUUGCAUUCCUUGUGCAGAAGGGAUGAUUUCAAACAAGAAGGAUGUGGCUGACUGCUUCCAGUGCCCAGAAGAUGAAUUUCCAAACAAGGACAGAACUGAAUGCAUCACUAAAGUUAUAAGUUUUCUGUCUUUUGAUGAACCCUUAGGGAUCACUUUGACCUCAGUUGCUCUCUUUUUUUGCCUGAUCACAGCCAUAGUGCUAGGAAUUUUUAUUAGGCACAAAGACACACCCAUUGUCAAGGCCAAUAACAGGGACCUCACUUACGCACUCCUGGUCUCCCUCCUGCUCUGCUUCCACUCUUCUUUACUGUUCCUCGGACAACCAGGGAAGGUCUCCUGCCUCCUCCGACAACCCACUUUUGGCACCAUCUUCUCAGUGGCUGUUUCAUGUGUGCUGGCAAAAACCAUCACCGUAGUUCUAGCUUUCAUGGCCACCAAACCUGGGUCCAGCAUGAGGAAAUGGGUGGGGAAAGGACUAUCCAAUUCUAUUGUCCUUUGUUUUGCUCUUAUUCAAGCAUGUAUUUGUAUUGUGUGGUUAGCAACCUCUCCCCCAUUCCCUGAUUUCGACCUUCACUCAGCAACUGAAGAAAUCAUUCUGCAAUGUAAUGAAGGGUCAGUUGCCAUGUUUUACUGUGUCCUUGGUUACAUGGGCCUCUUGGCCAUUGCCAGCUUCACUGUGGCAUUCCUAGCCCGCAAGUUACCGGAUAGUUUUAAUGAAGCAAAGUUCAUUACAUUCAGCAUGUUGGCCUUCUGCAGUGUGUGGGUGUCCUUUGUUCCAACUUAUAUGAGCACAAAAGGAAAAAACAUGGUGGCUGUGGAGAUCUUCUCUAUCUUGGCCUCUAGCGCUGGGUUAUUGGGUUGCAUCUUCUCCCCUAAAUGUUACAUUAUUGUGCUGAAGCCUGAAUUGAACAACAGGGAGCAAAUAGUAAGGAGAAAGAUGUAA